AUGGCCGACCGAGACUCUAGUUGCCCGCUGUGUAGCUUCUUUUUCGACGUGGCCGUCGAGGUGGCUGGUCUGGCUGGUCUUCCGGGGGCAGUGCGCAACGGGGUGUACUCACUCCAUGCGUCGACGUUCAGCGCAGUGUUUCUCGAUGCCGAGGACCGCCAAUGGUUCUCCGGUGACGAAGACCCGACAGUGUUCUUCAUCUCGCCGCUCUUCUCCUUCGGGACAAAGGCCAAGGACUGGGCCCUGCGCUUCAAUAGUUGCUUCAUGCCUCUAGAUUCGCAACCUUCCGUCCCGGCCUUGUCUAUACCUGAGUUUACCGUCAUUGAUUGCGAAAGCCGCACGCUUGUGCUAUGGCCCGCCGGUGCGCCAUAUGUCACCCUGAGUUACGUGUGGGGGUUAGAUCCGGCCGAGGCUCCUGUUGGUGACGCCCUGCCCAAGACAUUGCCCAAGUUGAUUGAAGACACAAUCGUGGCCACGCUGAGACUGGGCUACCAGUACCUAUGGAUCGACCGAUACUGUAUACCCCAAGAUGAUGAAACAGUUAGGAACGCUCUGAUUCGGAACAUGGACAAGGUCUACUCUGAGUCUUCUCUCACCAUCAUUGCAUCUGCGGCCGAGCAACCAAGCCAGGGACUCGUGGAAGGGCUUAAUGUCCCGCUGAGUACACUCUCGAGGCUCCACAGGCCGGGCCAUUCGAAGCUGUCCAGAGUCUUCCCGUGGGUGGCCGACAAGCAGCCAACUGCGGACCUCUGCUCGCAAGACCGACAGAAGCAAAGAGAGGAGUACUUCAUCGAGCGCGUGCGCGAGUACAUGAAGCGCGAACUGACUCACGACGCGGAUGCUUUUGACGCUUUCGCAGGAGUCCUCAACUACCUCGAGUGGUUUGCCGUGGAGUUCCUGCUUGGCAACAUCUGGGGGCUACCCAUUUGGAGUCCCGAGUCUCGAUGGCUGGAGGGGAAGCUGUCGGAUGUCGCCGAGAGGAGACAAGGGAUUCCCAGCUGGACGUGGUGCGGCUGGAAGCGCGCCCGUUCGUCAACCCGCCAGGUAGAAUGGAGGGAUGUCUGGAGUCGAGGCAACGAGAUCCCCGACCAGACAGAGAUCGCAGUCGAGUACGAAAACGGGAGUGCCAUCCAGUGGACGGCGAGCAACAGUCCGGCGGAGCUUCUGGCCACGGGUAAGGCCAUGGGCUGCGCAAGGUCCCUACGCGUCCACGGCUUUCUGUCCCAGCUGUUGGUCCCAGCCGCUUGCUGGCAUGUGAGCUACGACGGCGAAUGCCAGUGCGGGCCGUAUCGUCUCACAAGAGGAGAUGUGCGCUAUCUGAGCACCGUGGCUGAGCAGCGAGGCUUGCCGCUGACUGACCGGGGAUGUGUGUUGCAAGCCUGGUUCUUCUCCGCUCUGCACUUCAACACGGCUGAGGAUAAUUGCCGGAGUGAGGUCAUGAUACUUGUGCCAACUGGUGACACGGGCGAAUAUGAAAGAUUAGACGCCCUGUGCCUCGUCAAGAUGGAGUACUUUGUUAGCCGUCCGUCCGUGCAAGGCAUGGCGGAGAGAUUCGGGUGGGAGUUGACGGAAUUCAGAAUCCGCUGA